AUGUCCCUUCACCUUCAGGCCACGCUCUAGUCCACUCGUUGCUCGGCUACCGUGAGCGGUUCCCGGAGGCCCUGGCGUAGCCUCUGUGGCGCUGUGGUCUGCACCAGGCGUAGACAGGACUCAGGGAGACCCAGGAAACCUAGAAAUGGACGCUGUGGCCAUUGAAGACGUGGCUGUGGACUUUACCCUGGAGGAGUGGGCCUUACUGGAUCUGCCACAGAAGAAACUGUUUAGAGAUGUGAUGCAGGAAACUUUCAAGAACCUGGAUUCAGUAGGCAAAAAAUGGGAAGAUCAUGACAUUGAAGAUCAGGACAAAAACCAGGGGGGAAAACUAAGAAAUCAAAUGGUAGAAAGACUCUGUGAAAGUAAAGAGGGUAGUCAAUGUGGAGAAAACUUCAGCCUUAUCUCAAAUCUCAGUCUGAACAAGAAAACCACUGGAGUGAAACCACAUGAGUGCGAUACAUGUGGGAAAGUCUUCACGCAUCAUUUUUCCCUUAAUUGGCACAUCAGGUGUCACACUGGACAAAAACCAUAUGAGUAUCUGAAAUAUGGAGAGAGGCCAUAUAAAUGUAAGCUUUGUGGGAAAGCUUUUAUUUUUUCAAGUUUAUUUAAAAUACAUCAAAGGAUGCACACUGAAGAGAAAACCUAUCAUUGUAAGGAGUGUGGGAAAGCCUUCCGUUUUCGUGCAACUUUGCAAAUACACAGAAGGAUUCACACAGGAGAAAAACAAUAUGAAUGUGAGGAAUGCGGGAAACCUUUCAUGUGGCUCACAAGUUUUCGAAGACACAUGGCAAUGCACAAUAUAUAUGGUCCUUAUAAAUGUAAACAAUGUGGAAAAGUCUUUAGAUAUCACCGUGCUUUUCAAUCACACGAGAGGACUCACACAGGAGAGAAAUCCUACAAAUGUAAGCAAUGUAGAAAAGCUUUCAAUUCUCAACGAGGUUUCCAAGCACAUCAAAGAUAUCAUCAAGGAGAGAAUCCCUAUGAAUGUAAACAAUGUGGAAAAGUCUUUAGAUAUCCUCAUACUUUUCAAGCACAUGAAGAGAUUCACACAGGAGAGAAACUCUAUGAAUGUAAACAAUGUGAUAAAUUUUUCAAUUCUCGUCGAGGUUUCCAAGUACAUGAAAGAUAUCACAAAGGAAAGAAGCCUUAUGAAUGUAAGAAAUGUGGUAAUGCUUUCAGUUCUCAUCAAGGUUUUGAAAUACAUGUAAGAAGAAAUCACAAGGGAGAGAAACCCUACGAGUGUAAGCAGUGUGGUAAAGGUUUCAUUUGUCAUCGAGGUUUCCAAUUACAUGAAAGAAAUCACAAGAGAGAGAAAUCCUCUGAAAUUAAAUGUGGUAAAGCUUUUGGUUAUUACCAUUACUUACAAUUACACAGAGAAACUCAUACUGGAGAGAAACCCUAUGAAUGCAAGGAAUGUGGGAAAGCCCUAGGCAGUAGCAAAGCCUUAAAGAUACACGAGAGACUGCACACAGGGGAGAAACCCUAUGAAUGUAUGCAAUGUGGCAAAGCCUUCAGGAAUCCAUCUGGAUUUCGGUCACAUGUGAAAAUACAUGCUGGAAAUAGACCAUAUCAGUGUAAGGAAUGUGGGAAAGCCUUCAUUUAUCCAUCACGCGUUCGAGCACACAUGCGAGUACAUGAUGUAAAUAGACCUUAUCAAUGUAAGGAAUGUGGGUUAGCAUUUUAUUUUCCCAGUACAUUACGCAGGCAUGAAAUGACUCACACUGGAGAGAAACCUUGUGCAUGUAAACACUGUGGUAAAGCCUUCAGAGAUCACAGUUACUUAAAAAUACAUGAGAGAAGUCACACUGGAGAAAAACCCUAUGAAUGUAAGCAAUGUGGUAAAGCUUUUUCUUCUCAGCUAGGUUUCCAAGUACAUACAAGAAGUCACACUGGAGAGAAACCAUAUGAAUGCAAAGAAUGUGGGAAAUCCUUUAAUUAUCCCAGUUCCUUCCGAAGGCACAAAAAGACUCACAGGAUUCAUCUUCUUGAAUGUAAACAGCGUAAGAAAAUCUGAUCCACAUUCCUACAUGUGGAAAAAAAAAGAAAUAUAAAUGUAACAUGAGAAAGCUCAGUGGAAAUUCAUGUGUAAUGUUCUGGAAGACUUUCAACAUGAAAAGGUUAUUAUAAAUGUAAGUAUAUUGUGUUUAUCAAGCCUCCUUAAAGUACAUUGUUGGACUGUGGAUUUCUACUAAUUAUUUUCAGAACUGAAUAUUCAGAUAAUUCUG